UAUAGCUUAUCUUUGGAUCCGUCUUUAUUCAGCUAUACAUGUAAACAAAGUACACCAAUAUGAGGAUAAUUCAGUUCAUUGUUUUUAGCAUUUAUUUUACAAAUUCCGUUGGGUUUUUACCAAAUCCAUUUUCAGCAAUCAACAUUAAUGACUACACGCACACGGACAUCACAGAAAUAGGGAUAUUAAAGGCUGUUGCUAAAUUUUUCGAGGAUCACCCUGUACAGCAAUGUCAGCCAUGUACUCCAGGAACGCUGACCGGUAUAGCAGAUAUCACUGCGCGCAGAUUGUAUGAUAAAUAUUAUGGAGGUCAAGUAUCGGAGAAGAGAUUUCAAGAGGCGAUUGAUGACAUAGUGAAACAGAAUAACAAAGUGGAUCAAGAUCAUUAUACGGAGGCUUUGUGGCAUUUUAACGGCGAGAAAAUUACAGAAGCGAACGCCAAGAUGCAGACGUUACGUGAUACCGUCAUACAAAUUCUCAACAGUACGGCACCAAAUUAUGACGCCGCCCGUGAAGUGAUUGGACAAUAUCUCCACUUACUACAAAUGUUCUACAGUAACACAAACUGGGUAGAACUAAGUGGAUCAAUUAUCUACCGACCAUUGGGUAUUACUGGUCAGCCUAUUAUGGCAUCUGCUCCGCCUUCCAUUGACACGUGCAGGAGUUGCGGACCAUCGGUGCAUACGGAUUGCGCAUCGAACCUAAUAGUGUCCAGAAAUUUCCUGACCAGUGGUUACAAGAGUGGACAAGACGUUGUGAAACCUCACAAGGAUCCCAGCACAUCCAGCACGGGCAAAUGCAGUCACGGCGGACCACGUGACUCAUCCUCUACCACAUCCGCAGCUCUAGGGGGUAUCAACAAAGACUCUAUGGACCCGGGCUAUUCCCCACACCAUCAGCUGCACGAGAAAGCUGCCGAGGCCGCUAUUGAGCAUACACGAUUCUUCUUUGAUGACAAAACAUAUGGUUUGAGGUAUGUGGUUGGUGAAGAACAGUUCCAAGAUUUACUUCAGAUCAGGGCUGGUAACUCUCUUGUGUUUGUCAUUGACACAACCGGGUCAAUGGGUAAAGAUAUCGCUGCCGUCCAGACGAAGACAGCCGAGAUUGUCCGCGAAACCCAGGGAACAGCCAAUGCUCCUUACAACUACAUUUUGGUCACAUUUAAUGACCCAGGUAACUUGACCACAGUCCAGAAGACAAAAGAUCCAGCAGACAUUCAGAGUUGGUUAGGUGCUAUAAAAGUUCAUGGUGGAGAUGACUGCCCAGAAUUCUCGCUCACUGGCAUACAAGCAGCCGCAACUGUUGCUAAUGCCAACUCACAGGUGUUUGUGUUUACGGAUGCUACUCCAAAAGAUCCGCAGAAAAUUAAUUACAUCACCAGUUUGAUUACAGAAAAGAAAUUGCGCGUGCAGUUCCUCGUCACGGGCACCUGCACGAGUCGCAGACGAAACAUUCAUAAUGUUCAUGGUUCACAAGACAACUUCCACAGGAUAAAUGUGUAAAGACGAUAUCAUAUACGUAUGAAACAUACCUGUAUAUCAAAAUAAAUAAAAUUAGAAGAAAU